ACCUCUUGCCGGCUGGCGCUACUAUACGAUGUGGUAUAUUACGGCUCGCUAUCAGACUGGCAGAACUCAGUGUCCGCUAACGCUUCCUUCCAUGUGCAUACUCGAACGAAUCGGGAGUUGGCUCUGCGUUUGUAUUCAUAUGCCAAAACUCGCGAGUCCCUUUAAAGUCAGUAUCAAACUGAACUGAGCUAUUUCAUGCGUAGAACUGUGAUAUUUUGCACCAGACGCGACGAAUUCUAACCUAAGUGUCUAUACGGGCACCGGAGGCCACCGUUAGUGUAGUGAUAAGACAAAACUGCAGGGUUAUUAAAGUUUAUCACUCAUCAUAAGUUCCUUGUUGACAGUUGGUGACAGCGGUUCCGUGGGAAUGAUCAUUACCGUUUCGAUCAACAGCAAAUCCCUAAGCAGAAAAUUAAUAAAUACAAUUGAGUGGGCAUUGUGGAUGUGAUAACCUAUAGCCUUUUCAAAGCAUCUUAUCAGUUUUCCGAAGGUCAGAUUAUCGAAGAGUGCGUAUUGUUACGAGUGUUCCAUGCGACGGCAUUAUUUUGUUCAACAAAUGAACACCCGACAGCGAGGUGACCCCGAGGGGGUGUUUUCGGUUAGCUCCACUACUGCUGCCGGUGAAAACAGAUCCAAGGGGGCGGUUAAUGUGGCCUUCGAUGUGACGGAUGAUGUUGCGAUGCCUCAGCACGGACCACCAGAUUACGGGAUAGUUAAUAUCUACCAGAAGGCUGGUGGAGCUUUGACUCAUGGUGAUAAAACUAUGUAUCACGGUAGUGACGAUAAGAGUGAAAAUGGAAGUAAUUUGACGGCCGCAGAUGAAGACAGUGAUAUAAUCUCCGAGUAUAUUGGACACUAUGGGCUGUGGCAGUUCUUCUGGACGUUCCUGUUGUGUAUGUUUCAGAUUCCGACCACGUUUCAUAUCUUCUGUUUGGUGUUUCAGGCCGCAAUUCGCGACUACUGGUGCGCCCGCCCCGCGCAUCUCCGCACGAUCCCGCUCGAGCUGUGGCGCAACCUGACGCAGCCCAGCGGAGGUCGAUGUUCGCUCGUAGACGCUCCCUACGGCCAGUUGACCGAGCUGAACUUCACCGAUUACUUCCUGAAGGUCAAUGCAUCCUCGUUGGGGCAGGUCAGUUGCGCUGGGUACGAGUUCGAUUCGAGCAUCUUUGGCCAAACGAUUGUUAGCGAGUUCGGGCUGGUGUGCGAUCGGGAACACAUGAACAGCAUAGUGGAGAUGUGCUUCCUGGCAGGUGCCGCGAUGGGCAGCGUGGGAAGCGGAUGGAUUUCGGAUCAAUUCGGACGAAGGCACACGCUGAUGGGUUUUGCUUUGAUUCAAGCUGCUUCAGGUUUUCUGCUGGGAUUCGUCACCUCCUUGGAGAUGUACAUGGCCCUUCGCGUCAUCAUCGGAUUCGCAUCGAUGUCUGUCGCGGUUGUGAGUUUCGUGCUGGUCGUGGAACUCGUCAGUGGAAAAUACCGAACUGUGAUCGGUAUUCUGAACAUUCUGCCGGUAGCAAUAUCCUACAUUCUGACAGCAGGAAUCGCUUUCUUCACGCGCGAAUGGAGAACAAUGCAGUUCGUUAUCAGUGCCCCUGGAGCGAUGCUGCUGCUAAUCUGGUACUGGUUACCAGAAUCUCCCCGAUGGUUGCUGGCCAAGGGUCGGAUCGAUGAACUCAAGCGUGUCAUCGACGGUGCCGCUAGCAUGAACGGUUUCAAACUGCCACAGAAUUACGAAAAGACGCUGAGUGCUUCGGGUUCCGAAACCGAGAAAGAUGUCGUGUCAAUAUUCGAUCUGUUCCGGAGAAAGUUUGUCCGAACGACGCUCCUAAUGUUGGUCAUCUGGUUCGGGAUAGUGCUGAUCUACUUCGGGAUUACGUUGCAUCUCAGCAAUCUCGGGGGAGACAUUUAUCUCAAUACGGUCCUUGCAGGUGGCGUUGAAUCGAUCGCAAUCUGCCUGAGCAUCGUGGUCGUGCUGAAGCUCGGAUUACGUGUUAAUUUAUUCCUGUACAUGGUCGUUGCCGGCAUCUCGUGCAUUGUGAUGAAUUUCGUCCCGGACGGAAAUCUUUGGGUGAUUAUCACGUUGGCUAUGAUAGUCAAAUGCUCCGUUGGUGCCUGCAAUGCAAUCAUUCCGACGUUCACCGCCUAUCAAUAUCCUACAACAAUGCGAAAUUUAGGCGUCGGGGCUGGAAAUUUUGCUGCUGGACUCGCUCUCAUCAUUAUGCCGUACCUGUGGUUGCUGGAACACACGGACCAGUACCUACCGCUAACGGUGAUGGGGGUAUGCAGUAUCAUUGGCGGAUUGGCGCUUCUGGCGCUCAAGGAUAAACUCAGCAAGAAGCAUCCACGAGAGCGCAGUGGGAGCGACAGUGGAGGCAGCAUCGUGAGCAGUGUUGUCACGCGGUCCACCGACGAUGAGACGAGGCGGAUUGAAAAACACUACCCAAGGGACAAAACCGAAACCGGACUGACCAACAUUGGAUUCGCUCAGAACGAAAGCAUAUUUCUGUGAAACCGAAAGCGUAACGUGCCGGACUGACCACCCCGGUCAGCUUUGCUUGGUGAGGACGGGUGGCCUAAAAGCUCACCUGAUAUGCUUAAGUCGGCAUAUAAAAAUCCGAUUGAUGAAAGAGUACAAGAAAAUUUUAAUAUUAACAAGCAUUAUAUGUACAUUGUUGCGACGCCAGACGUUGAUGUGUUUUGAAUAUCGCACCUUAUACCGUUGAUGGACUAUUAUUGAUUCAAAGAAGGGUGAGGGAAAAGCGUUACGAAGGCGUCCAAUAAACAAUACUAUUAACCAGGUAUGCAGACAAUAUAUCACUCGAUUGAGCAGUAGACAUUGAUUGUUGAAGGCAGGUGAUGUUAGUGUAGGAAGGAUGUAAAUAUGUUCCACGCAAACAGGUAGUGUUAGGCGGCAAACGUGAUAUAUGGAGUUAAGCUCAUUUUUUAAUUUAAGUUGUUUUUUUUUUCGAGCGCGAUUGUGGACUGGAAGAUAAAAAUGCACACAUAAAGUGCAAUCGUGAUUUUUCUCCAUUAAUAGCUUGACCUAGAGUUCUCGAAUACUGGUCGAGAUUAGGUGAUAAAGAUGUAAAUUGUCUCUAGCGUUAUAGAGUAAAAGUGUGUAGUUGAGAGUGAUUACGUGUAGACAUGCACGAUCGGGCUUAUGCAGUUCAAUGAAGGUGUCAUAUCGAUUUGACUAAAAAGGAAAAGGUUAAUACAUCGUGAAUUUAGUUUGUGAAUUUCUUUUACCUCUUUAUCGUUAUGAUAUAAAUCUCUUUACAUAUAUUA